GGGGCGGAGGGCCGCCGAGUCUCGGCUGAGAAGAUGCCCCUGGAGCUGACUCAGAGCCGGGUACAGAAGAUCUGGAUCCCGGUCGACCACCGCCCCUCGUUGCCCAGAUCCUGUGGGCCGAAGCUCACCAACUCCCCAACGGUGAUUGUCAUGGUGGGCCUCCCAGCCCGGGGGAAGACGUACAUCUCCAAGAAGCUGACCCGCUACCUCAACUGGAUUGGCGUCCCCACGAAAGUGUUCAACGUGGGCGAGUACCGCCGGGAGGCCGUGAAACAGUACAGCUCCUACAACUUCUUCCGCCCUGACAACGAGGAGGCCAUGAAAGUCCGCAGGCAGUGUGCGCUGGCUGCCUUGAGAGAUGUCAAAAGUUACCUGACGAAGGAAGGGGGCCAAAUUGCAGUUUUCGACGCCACCAAUACUACUAGAGAGAGGAGACACAUGAUCCUUCAUUUUGCCAAAGAAAAUGAUUUCAAGGUGUUUUUCAUUGAGUCUGUGUGUGAUGAUCCUACAGUUGUGGCCUCCAACAUCAUGGAAGUGAAAAUCUCCAGCCCGGAUUACAAAGACUGCAACUCAGCAGAAGCUAUGGACGAUUUCAUGAAGAGAAUCAAUUGCUAUGAAGCCAGCUACCAGCCCCUCGACCCCGAUAAAUGUGACAGGGACCUGUCCCUGAUCAAGGUGAUCGACGUGGGCCGGCGGUUCCUGGUGAACAGGGUCCAGGACCACAUCCAGAGCCGCAUCGUGUACUACCUGAUGAACAUCCACGUGCAGCCCCGCACCAUCUACCUGUGCCGGCACGGGGAGAGCGAGCACAACCUCCAGGGCAAGAUCGGAGGGGACUCGGGCCUGUCCAGCAGGGGCAGGAAGUUCGCCAAUGCCCUGAGCAAGUUUGUGGAGGAGCAGAACCUGAAGGACCUCAAGGUGUGGACCAGCCAGCUGAAGAGCACCAUCCAGACGGCGGAGGCCCUGCAGCUCCCCUACGAGCAGUGGAAGGCGCUCAACGAGAUUGAUGCCGGCGUCUGUGAGGAGAUGACCUACGAGGAGAUCAGAGACACCUACCCCGAGGAGUACGCGCUGCGCGAGCAGGACAAGUACUACUACCGCUACCCCACCGGGGAGUCCUACCAAGACCUGGUCCAGCGCCUGGAGCCGGUGAUCAUGGAGCUGGAGCGGCAGGAGAACGUGCUGGUCAUCUGCCACCAGGCCGUCCUGCGCUGCCUCCUGGCCUACUUCCUGGACAAGAGCGCAGAGGAGAUGCCCUACCUGAAAUGCCCCCUUCAUGCUGUCUUGAAGCUGACGCCUGUCGCUUACGGCUGCCGAGUAGAAUCCAUCUACCUGAAUGUGGAGUCCGUGAGCACGCAUCGGGAGAGGUCAGAGGAUGCAAAGAAGGGACCUAACCCGCUCAUGAGACGCAAUAGUGUCACCCCACUAGCCAGCCCCGAGCCCACCAAAAAGCCUCGCAUCAACAGCUUUGAGGAGCAUGUGGCCUCUACCUCCGCUGCCCUGCCCACCUGCCUGCCCCCGGAGGUGCCCACGCAGCUGCCCGGACAACCUUUGCUAGGGAAAGCCUGUUUACGAACUGUCUGUCAUAUUUUCUCAAAGUUUUCUCCUUACUAA